CCUAGCUACCGGUCUAUUGUCUGUGAAGUGAGCGAAGCGACGGCUAAUCCAUGCGAAGUGAUUCUCAAAACGUGUUAUCUUGUUGGGAAUAGUAUUUCACGGACAUACGAGUAUAUGUGAAGGCAGCUCGUCAUCAUGAGUGCUGUUAUCUACCCUCCUGCGCCGCUGUCACGGCAACAGGAGAAGGCGGAGCUUGCUGAACUAAAUGACCGGAUGCAAAAUUACCUAGGAAAAGUGAAGAAGAUUCGUGAACAAGCAAAUAAGGUUGAUUCAUCAGCAUUACUGAACUCCAUCAGAGUUUUAGAGGAUGAGGUGGCUUCACUUAAGAACAUGUAUGACAUGGAACUAAAUACCCUUAGAAGACAGCUUGAAGAUACUACUACAUUGAAGAAUAAUGCUGAGACACAGGCACAUAGGAAUGGUGUUCUAGCUACCGAUUUACAGGAUAGGUUGUCAGUUGAGAACCAUCGGAACAAGGCUCUCGACGGUGAGAUCGACAAUCUCCAGCGUCUUUGUGCUCAGAGGGACAUGGACUUCCAACAGGCCAAAGGAAAGGCAGAGGAACUGGGACGAAGAGUGAGAGAUUUAGAAGAUGAUCUUGGAGCAUCACAACGAAAAUGUGAAGAUACCCAAAGAGGCUUGGACCGAGAGAUGGUAGCAAGGCAAGAGGCUCAGGAUGCUAGGAACAACCUUCAGAAGAAACUUGACUUUCAAGAACAACUACAUAAAGAACAAACUAAUGAAUGGCGAAACAGACUAGAAGAUGAAGCCAAUAGAAUACUCCAAUUAGAAGGAAAAGUGAGGGAGCUCAGUCGUCCUGAUAACACACUUCAAGAGGUCUUGGCUAACGUGAGAGCAGCAGCUGCCGCAGAACUACAAAAAUAUAAGGAGCAAUCAGAAUCAACAUUUCAUAGAAAUAUUCAACAAUUGAAGAACAAGAUUGAUGCAGAUGCUACAGAGCUUGAAUAUGUGGGCAAUGAGAACAAGAGACUCGGAACAAAGAUUGAAGAACAACAGUGUGACCUCAACAGGCUGAACAAUCAGCUCACUGCAGCUGAGAAUGCUAACCGUAACCUACGGGAUACUGUGUCAAUCGAGCGCGAAAAAACAGCUGCUCACAUCCGCAAUCUGGAAGACAAACUAAGAGAUAUGCAGGAGGCCCUCGUUGAAAAGAUGAGGGAGAUUACCAAGGCAACUGAUGCUAAGCAACCAAUGAGGGUGGAGCUUGAAGCUCUUAAAGGCAUGCUUUUGGAAGAGGAGAGAAAGUUAGCAAACAUCCCAGGACCAUCAAUACUCCCAGCCCGAACAGUCACCCUCCCUAGUCCACCCCUUCACCAUCGGCCAGCCACUGUGGAUCCUUCAGCUUCAUAUGUUAGGAGUACCAGCCCUCGCAGCACUAGACCAGCCUCGGUACCAGUCCUAUCCACCAUGGGCCAGGGCAAGGACUACUUUGAUGCUAUGUUUGGUGAUCUAACCCAAAGGAAGACCAUUGGUCCCAUCAUCAAGGCUAGAACUGGACCACCUAGUCCAACACCAAUCUCACAUGACUACACCACUGCAACAUCAAGUGCAACAAGCUCCUUGAAAAUCCUUGAGAUCAAUGAAGAUGGCAAGUUUGUGCGUCUCUUCAACGCUUCAGGCAACGAGGACGUUGAGGUCGGUGGUUUCCUCAUCCAACAGAAUAUCGGUGGCCAUCCUGUCGCUGUGUUUCGCUUCCCUCCGAGAACACGCUUUAGACCUGGAUCUGUCAUUACGGUGUGGUCAGCAUCCAGUCUAGCCCAUCACAACCCACCUACAGACUUUCUUUGGAAGGAGCAGCAUAAAUGGGGAACAGGUCCAGAAUGUACAACCAUUCUGUGUAAACCUAAUGGACAGGCUAUCGCAUGGACCACUGCUGCUCACCGUUUUACAAAGACUGCAAGAUCAUUUGAUGGUGAUACAGAUAGCUCAGCAGGUCAUGACAUCCUGGAUCAGGAGUACGAGGGCGGAGCUUCUAACCCUCAUCCAGAGCUUGAAGUGGAGAUUGACGGCAGGCCUGCCACCGUCUUAAAAAGAGAGAAGCAAGAUCCUCCUUCACUGUCACCAGCCAAGCACCCCCAUGGUAACUAUAGUGGAGAAUCAACGCACCCUUCCACUGGUCAGCCUAGGGUACUGACCAAUGGCAAUGAUAAUAGCAGCACAUGUAGACAGACCAGGUCCCAGAACUCUAAACCGGUUCCAGAUCCUGUUCCUGGAGAACUGUAUGCAGGUUCCGGGGCACCAGGUAGCAGAAUGGGAUCUGCAGCACUAAGGAAGUCUGCCCCGUCAUCUGCAGGAAGUUCAAGGGGUGGUGGCAGCAUUCGCUAUAGCGCACAACCAAGCCCCUUCAUGUCACCCCACCAACAGCACCACGCCCAACUCAGUCAAUUAGAUGGGGGACAGAAGGUUAGCUUCAAGCCCCCGAUGCCACGCCCACCUGUUAUAUCAUCAUGGUGAGAUGUAGGACACUCCCUCCAUGUAAAUAACCACACCCCGACUGUUUUGAAAUAUCAAGAUUAAAGAGAGCUCCCAUCAUGUCAUUGUGUAUCUAAUGGCCACACCUCCCAUCAGCUGUUUGCCACACCCCUCUUUCUUCACCUCAAUAAGGUCAUGGUAGGCCACACCCAAUAUCAAUGUUGCACCACUCCUAUUGUUGUCUUGAAAUUGAAAUGUUAAAUAUAUAAGAUGUUACAGACCUCCCUGAGUUGUGUCAGUCCUACCUUCCCAUUUAUUUCAAAAGAUUAUGAUGAUGGCCACACCCCUGAUCAGUUGUAGAGCCACUCCCACUUGUUGACUUAUGUUUGAGAUGUUGACCACACCCCUUCUCAGUGGUAUGCCAUGCAAUGGGUGAAUAGGAUAUUGCUCUCUUCUAAAACAAUUAAGAGUGAGCAAUCUUUCUGUCACACCCUACAAUGAUGUGUUCUCGUGCUCAAGAAACUUUUUAUAUCAUAUAUAUGUAUUCAUAUCCACAUCUUGUAUCUUUAACUCUGUUGAUAUCUACUAUCCAUUCUAUUCUGAAAUCUUAUUCGUUUUUAUUUAAAUGCCUUUAAAUGUGUGCAAAAAAUAUUCAUCUUAUUCCGUCCAGAACUUUGUUUUCUAUGAUCAAAUCAUAGUAUUUAAAGUAUCUAUAUCAUGUCUUUGUUUUUAAAUAUUAAUUGAUUAAUGUAUUGCAGUAACAUAUUUGUUCUUGAUAUACCAAUCAUGAAAAUAUGUGAUUCUUGUUUGUAAUUGUCUUUCAGCUGAAGCUAUGCAAAUUAUAUUGUAUUGAUAAUUAUGCAAACUAACUCUGAAGUAUUAUAUGUUUAUGCAAAUCCUCUCCUUUUUCUUGAAUUAUUUAGUAUUAUCUAUUAUCACAAGGCUUAUUUGUAAAUUUCAAAUAUUUUUAAUCCAAUAUUCAUGUAAUACAACAAAUUGUGUAUAAUAACAAACAAAUUCUAGUUCUAUAUUUUGUAAAUAUUACUAAUUUUGAAUUCUUUGUGGUGGCAAUUAUGCUGCAUAUUGAUGUGGAAAAUAUAAUUGUAUUUUAUCAUUUAUUGUAACAGUCGAUCACAUAUAUAUUAUUGUGCCAUGAUUACUUGUACAAAUAAUUUUGCUUCAAAUUGAUAUAUGCAAAUCUGCCAAGUAAGCAAUUUUUUGUCCUUUUUUUCAUUAUAAUUAUUGUGCCAUGAAGUGUAGAAAUAUUAUUUCAAAAGUCAGUUAGAAAAAGAUAACUUGCAAAUUUUCAUGAUUAGCUAAAGCAUAUUUUAUUGAAUAUGAUAUGUCAACUUUGUGCCAUUACAUAAACAAAAUGUAAUUUAAGUAGUUUGUUACUGAAUUAUGUAGACAAAUCUGUAAAAGUAUGAAAGUAAUUUUCAAUAUCAGGGCCAGUGUUUCAGAGAGCUGUUUGUAUAUUCCGCACAAGUUUACAUUCAACUUGUGACUUGGACACUGCAAUUCCCAUUCCAGGCCUGUAGCCAGGGUUUUCAGUUAGGGGGUAUGAUCAAUUCUCUUUCUCUUCGUUUUUCCUUGCUUUUGGAAAUUUUAAGGGGUGUUUGACCAACCCCCCCCCCCACUACCCUAUUGCAUUCCCAUCCUCUAAAAUUGUAAUCUGAUCUUUUACCAUUGGAAUUCUUGUUGUUGACAUGCAUAUAAAUCAUUUUUGUUUGUCAAGCAGAAUCAUUAGCCUUGUUUCUUGUAACACCAGUCUUGUACAUAUUUGUGUGUAAAUUAAAAACAGCUUUGAAACACCACCCUUUUGAUUAAAAACAUUUUUUGCUAAAUUAUUGAAACAUGGUAGCUAUAAAUUAAAAAAAAAUGAACAGAUAUCUCAUAAUGUUUUACAAUAUUAGUUUUUAAUACAUAUGUUGAAUAUGUAAUAUUAUUUAAUACAUAUGUUGAAUAUGUAAGAUAAUAUACUAUUAUCUCAAAUUCUACAAGCAUGGUUCUAGACAUAGGACUGGAUGCAUUCACGGUGAAAGCAUCUGAAAUUGAUGGAUUCAUAAUAUAUAGUGAGAAUUACAUCAGUAGGUUAAAUACAAACCUGUGUGAGAAACAAUCAUUUCUUAAUGUUGCUGCAAAAAAUGUAUAGUGGAUGUAUUUUCUUUAAUAUUUCAAAUAUUAGACAGAUUUGUUAUGAGUGAAUAGAAAACCAGGAAUGCAUAUAUUUGACAUAAGUAAUCAGAAUAGAUCAAGCUUUUAUUUUUAUUAAAAAUCAUGCAUCUUACUGUCCAAUUUUAGAGCUUUUUUUAGCGUUUUCCACAAGCACAAAUAUUAAAUUUGAAAUAAAUAGUCAGCUUUAGUGACACAUUUCAUAUUGAUAUGAAUGAGCAGCAUUUUAUUGCACUUUGGUUUUCAGCUUUUGUUGUAAGAGAGCAAAUUUUCAUUUUUUUUUUUUAGCACAUCUCAGCACAGAUUUUGAUAAUAGUUCAUGCAAAAUUAUGAAGAGUGUUUUUCUUAUAACCUAUAUGAAUUUGGAUGUUUUCAUUGUAUUUACAGUAUUGUAUUAAAAUAGAAUAUAUCGUGAAAUGAAUAUUUAUUUGUGGUUAUUCCG